CAAUGAUCAUAAUAUGGUGGGUUACAACUAAAUUUGAGCAAGAAGUAAAUUUAGCAUCAAGCAUUUAAGAUUAUUCGUAUAAAAACCUAUUAACACUCCGGCCUGGUCUAAUAGUGAAAGAGUUUGUGAUUAGUAAGAAGCAACGGAGUUAUUGAGAACAAUAGUGAUAUUAGAUAAUUAGAGGAGUAAGCAAUGAAGAUAUUAAUCACAAUUCAUAAUAAAGUUAUAAUGCUAUUAAUGUUUCUUUAACCUUACUAUGACAUUUAGCAGUGAAUAUAUUCCUCCUACUCAAAAUACGAAAAAUUUGGUUAUUUUCCAAAAUACUACCUCACCAAAAAUCUCCCAUCUAACUCCCUCUAUUCCUUCUUAAUCCCAAAAUCACAACACCUCCCUAACAUUUAACUUAACUUUAUUAUGGAUGCAUUAGAUUAGAUCUUGAUCUGCACGUAAUUUCCAAAAUUUCCUUGUCACAACAAAAACCCCACAAUUGAACAAAAUUUCAUAAAUUGAACAAAAUCGACACAUUUUGUUCUAUUUUUCAACUUUUUUAGUAAACUUAUAGAUGAAUUUGUGAAGAAAGAUUUUGUGGAUUUUAUGCAUAGAGAUUAAGAAGAAGAUAUUUUUAGUUAAGUUUUGGGGGGGUUGGGGAGUAGAGAGGUUGAGGUUAUUGGGGUUAAGGGAAUUGUAGGUUUAGGGGGAGAAUGGGUUGGGAGACUGGUUUUGGGUUGGUGGAUGCUUUUUGUUGGUAUUGGAAGAGGGUUUGUUUAUUUAGAGAUGGUGAUAUGCUUAAAUAUAUAUUUAUGGACAGGUGAUUUCAUAUGAAAAAUUAGAGUUUUAUGAAAAAUUAAGAAGCUUAAUGAUUACUAUUUUUCUUAUAUGAUAAAUUUAACGUAUUACUAAUUCUAAUUACUGUUCAAAACAUGCCAAUAGUCUUUAAAAUUUUCCCUUCACCGACCUAGAACUCUUUUUCAUAACUAAUCCAUGCUAAUAAUAUUUUUUUAUACAACCUAUUCACCACUUUUUGUAAAACCUCACAAUUUCCAAAAGCUAUUAUCUCUCUUGCUCUUUCUUUCCUUUACUCGCUGAAGAUAAUUUAGGAAUGAGUAGCUAUGCUAAACUACUUUUGAAGCAUCUUCUGCUAGAUAGGACUUAAUUCAGGUUGAUAACUUAAAUAUCAGAAUUGUUUUCUCAUUUAAGUUGGGUGAUGCUAAAUAUACAUGUAUAGGUUAAUUAUCUUACUGGAAAUUAUGAUGGCAGCCCAAUGCCCAGCCGGGACUGAUACCUCAAUGAAGGUUAAAAGUUAUUCAUUCAGCGAUUUAUUGUUUGGAAGUAUUGAAGUUAUUGAUGGAAUCUCCUGCCCAGACCACUCAUGUGCUUAUCUUACUACAAAUGGAAGAUUCAUAUUAACCAAAAAGACUAGGAUUUUCAAAUUUGAUUCAAACUUUACUCCUAUUUGGAUGAGAAAUAUCGAUAACUAUAAUAUUGCCAAGGGUGCUAUUUCCCUUCAUUCAGACUCUAAUUUGGCAUUUGUGCUUAAAUCUUCUUCAAACUGUCCUUUGGUAAAACUUGAUAGUACCUCAAACUCAGUUAUUGAAGACUUGAGAAUUGUAAGUGCAGUGAACUGCCACUCUGUUAUCUUCUCAAGCGAUUAUUCUAAUAUCUAUGUUUCAGGUACAAUCUCAUCAACUCCUCAUGUGUUUAAAAUUGAGUAUGCAGACUUUGGAACUACGUCCAUUACUUCGAUUCCAAUCAGUAUGGACUCAAUUUACUCUAUUAAUUCCUAUGUUCUCUCGGGUCAAGAACUCCUGAUGAUUAGUGGCUCAGUGACAAGCCCUACGCAAGCCUACAGUUUACUCUCUGUUGAGUAUGAUACAGGCACUCAGCAAUGGGCGAAGAAGCUUGGAUGCCCGACUGCAUGAGUGCUCAGCGGAGCUAAUGAUGCAUUGAUUUUAGAAUCUGAUAACAAAAUCAUCAGCUACUUUUUGGAUACUAAACCAAUUGUUUAUGUGAGCAGCCUUACAGAUGGAACUCUUGAGGGUUCUUUUGUUCCAGACUUCACUCAGACCAAUCUGGAAAUUAGUAGUAUUUCCUAUUCAACUUCUUUCAGUAAGGUAUUCAUGCUGCUUAAAUAUGAUGGUGGGGCAUACAAAAUCGAAUACGAUAUCUCAGCUAACUCUUUCUCUAACGCUUAUGUAAGCACUACAAUUAGUCCAGGAUGGAUACUUGAAGCAGGAGGUCACACUCUAAUUGGGUCUGGUGUUCAAUCUUCUAGUUCAGCAGUUGCAAUAUCAAGGUUGGCUUCAAAUGGAAUAUAUGGUCAAAACACUGAAGUAUCAUUUUUAUCAACAAGUAACUCCUUCACAUCAUCAUCUGGCUACUCCUACUCUAACGAAGCUACAUCUCUAGUUACUUCAGGCCCUUCGUCUGAAACGAAAGGAUCGGUAUCUAUCGCUUCAAUUGUUUUAUUCUCUCCAGUAGAAACUGGUGAUCUGAGUGUGGAGUUAGAUGUAAUCUAUCAAGGAACAGAUUAUGUUUUAGAUACUUCUGUUCAAGAGACUGGAAACAUUCCAAAUUUUUAUCCUUGCUCUCUCACUGGAGGAACAUCAAUCAAUUCUGUAGUUGAUGUCCACUCCAAUGGAGAGCCAAAGCCAUCUUGGGUGACUGUCGGUGCAGAUUCUCUAUCCUUUGAUUAUACAGUCCCCGAAUCUGUAGAAGGUCAAACAUUUUAUUUUGCUGGAAGAAGUAUAGUUGGAGGAAAGACUUAUAUUAGAAAUGUCCAGAUAAAUGUAGGUGAAGCUCCAGAACCAGAGCCAGAGCCAGAACCAGAGCCAGAACCAGAACCAGAGCCAGUUACUCCAGUCCCAGAACCUGUUACUUCAGACCCAGAGGAGUCAAAUCCAUCUCCUACUUCCCCACCAGUUUGUAAUACCCAAAACUGUAAAACUUGCAUCUCUUCUAAAUGCACUGUUUGUAAGGACGGAUAUGAGCUAACUAACUCUAAAACCUGUGAUAAAGGUGACGGAAUCCUGAGCGUAAAAUCUGUAGUAACAAUAGCAGGAAUUGCAGGCUCAAUGUUAGCAUCGAUGGUAGGAGGUGCGGUAGCAGGCUCAUCAGUGAAGAAUGUGUGGGUCUUGUUCAACCAGUUCCAGCUGUUGAUGAUUUUACCAUUUUUGAAUGCAGAGCUUCCAACAGAGUUCAUUCAGACUUUAAAAGCUCUUGAGACAAGUAUUCUAAAUAUCAAUCUUUUGGACUUCAAGACUUUCUCGAUAUUUGAACCAGUAAUGGAGCAUAUUGAUUAUGAAAAUCCAUACCAGGAAUUUAAAGAUAAUGAGUAUGAGUCAGGGAGUGCUUUCGUUAACUGAUUUGAUAUCCUUCUUUACUCAAUUGGAAUCACUAUCCUUGUCCUGCUCUUGCAUCCUCUUUUGAGAAUUUCCUGAAAGAAAAGAAAUCGUCCAUUUCUUUUGAAAGCAUACAGCUACUUCACAAACUUGUUUUAUUUCAGAUUUUAUUUGAGAUUCUUUCUAGAAUGAUUUCUGUUUUUGUGCCUGGCUUCAGUAAGUGAAGUGUCUAGGCUCUCUGAUGCUUUAAAUAAUCUUAUCUCAUUCAGCAUAAGUGUGGUGAUUGUUAUCCUUCUUCUCUUAUUUGUGUGUCUGAUUCCAAUAUUGUACUUCUCGAUUAAAAAUCCUCAUGAAAACAGAUAUGUCAAAGAACUUUUUGAAGGAUUCAAGAAGAAUAAAUUUGCACAGCUGUAUAACUUUACAUUCCUACUUAGAAGACUUUUGCUGGUAGUAGUAAUUGUGGCUCUCAGACCAAAUAAUCUCAUGCUCAGGCUAUUUAUUUUCGCAAGUUUACAAGUUUUAAUACUAUUAAUGACAAUAAUAGUAAGACAUCAUGAUGAGAAGUAUCCAAAUAUUAUUGAGAUCGUGAAUGAAGUAUCCUACUUAGUCAUAAUCCUGCUGAUAAUCUUUUACCAGAAGUCUGAAUUGACUAUUUUCAAAGAACUCUUGAACAACUCAAUUAUUGGGACGACAAUGCUAGUAUUUGGAAUUAGUAUCAUAAACCUAGUUUGCCAGGUUGUGAUCUCUUGCUAUUCUAAGAAAAGGAGAAUCAAUAUUAAGCCUCCUACAAAAAUUAUCAUGGCUAAGAAGAAGAGGAGAAGUCUCGAUACGGGGAAGGAGAACCCUAUUGGAUCUACUACAAAGAAACCAGCGAAAAAUAUGGAGAUCCAAGAAGGUUUUUUUGAUGAUAGUGGAAGUAGAUCUAACAAAACAAACUCGCAAAGAAAAUUUGUAGGGUUAGACGAUAUAAUAGUAUACCCCCUUUUUAAGAAGUCGAAGUUCCUAAAUCCAAAAUCCCAGGAAGAGCUAGGAAACACUAGUUGACAAUGAAUGGUUGUCCCUGAAUAAUAAAUUUGGCACAUUUGAGAGGCAAAUAUUAAAAAUAGAGUAUUCUUGAUUGUCAAACGUAAUUAGCCAUUUCUCAAAAUGGCUGCCUUAAUAUGGUUUAUUAUAAAUAUUCUGCUU